GCUUUACAGUGAAUGUAGCCGCUAGCCUUAUGCUUUAUUCAUUGUGAGCAGUUUCUCAUACAUUAGUGUACGUUUUCGUGCGGUUACGUGACCAUUUACAUCUAGUUCACUUCUUAUAUCUAAGUGACACAAAUAUGGGCGUGAAGAAAAGCUGAACGUGGAGCGAUAACUAAAAGGGGUCUCAAAAUACCCCUUGUGUUAGCAUUAGCUGUUAGCAUACCGCUACUUAGAUACCUUAACGCUGUGUGUCAGUUUUGCCGAGAUAUUAAAAAAUACUACCAUGAGUCUGGUAGUUGGACGUGAGCCCCGUAAAACUGCGGGUAACCGUAUGUCGAAAUUACUGGAUGCUGAAGAAGAGGAUGAAUUCUACAAGACCACCUAUGGAGGUUUCGACGAUGAAUCAGGGGAUGAUGAAUAUCACGGAGAACAUUCAGACACUGAGGAUGAGGUGGACAGCGAUUUUGACAUCGAUGAGGGUGAUGAGCCGGACAGCGACCAGGAGGAAGAUGCACCACGGAGAAAGGGUCGAGUCGUCACUAAAGCCUAUAAGGAACCUAUAAAGGUGGCAAAGCCCAAACCCAAAAGACCCUCUGAGGAACAGAAGAAGACUGAGAAAGUCAAAGUGGAGCUCAAAAGGAGGAUUCCACAGGAAUUUCAAGAUUUUGGAGAGACUCGGAAGUCAGUCCGACAGUCCACAAGUGAGCAUACUCGAAAAACUAACCUGCGCUUGCAAGAGCGGCAGGAUGCCCCUCGGAGAAGACGAGGAGCUCACCGUGACCGGCCCCUCACCCAAGAGGAGCUGCUGGCUGAGGCCAAGAUCACAGCCGAGAUCAACAUUCGCUCUUUAGAGAAUUAUGAAAGGCUGGAGGCAGAUAAGAAGAAACAAGUUCACAAAAAACGGCGUUUUGAAGGACCAACAAUCCGUCACCAUUCAGUCCUGAUGCCCAUUGUCUCUCACUCAGUAUUAAAAGAAGAAAACGUUGAUGUUGAAGGGUUGGACCAGGACGUCCCUCAGACUGCACAAACAAAUCCGACCACGCCUUCCCAGCAGCCCGCUGGAGGCCUGUGCUCCCGCACUUACAUAACAUUCAGUGACGACGAAGCUUUCGAGGCGGCCUUUCCCAACAGCGCACAGUCCAGCCUUCAGCUCCCUGUCCAGGAGAUCUGUCCAGUCACCCACAAGGCCGCACUGUACCGUGACCCGGUCACCGACAUACCUUAUGCUAACACACGAGCCUUCCGCAUCAUCCGAGAAGCGUACCGUAAAUAUGUGGCCGCUCAUGGAUUUCCUAACACCUCUGGAGGGGCAUCGGGACUUGACUCGUCAGCACCUAAGAGUGCUCGGCAGAAAAUGGUCGUAAAGCAAGCUGCUGUGUCAACAUAGAGAAACUUAAUCAGGGAUAUUGGAAAAGUAUUUAGGUUUCUUUUUUAAGUUCUUAGUUCAAGUAGAGUGCCAUGACAAAAACUAUCUGCCACCCUCUGCUUCUUCUACGUCUACUUUAAUCUCAUCCCAAGUGUCCUUGGCAGUGGACAUAUUCCAUCCAAGUGGAGGUUUGAGCAGACAAUGCAAAAUUUGGAUGUGGAUGAUUCGUUGUGUGAAUAUGGUCACUCCUAUUGACAGGAAAAAGAAUUACUUGACAACUCUCACAAUAACAACAUUCUUUGUUAUGACAUGUCUGCAUACAGGUCAUACGUUGACGAAGUAAAACUUGAAUUGGACAUUCAAAACAGGUCUUCAUCUACACAGGAGCAGCUUUGAACUCUUUUCUCCUCGUUUUUCUUUCUAAUAAAAAGACUUCACUGUUUAGAUGUUUGGGCUUAUUUUCUACAAUUGUACAUAUUUCACAACAACAAAUAAAUAUCUGGAACUUA